AUGGCCGCCAGCGCGCAGAAGGUGAGGCUCAUCGCAGGCGGAUGGACGGCAGCCUUGGGCGCCGCCGGCUUCGUCACGCACAGGCGCCUCAGCAGCUUUGAGGAGCGGGGCCCCUGCGUGCGCCAGGCGGUGGAGCUGCUGGCCGCCUCCGGGGCGGCGCGGCAGACGCUGGGCGGCGGCGGCCUGCGGUUGGCCUGGUGGCCCCGGGAGUGCCAGGUCCACGGCGCGGCUGGGCGAUCCUGCGCCAGCUUCGUGGUCCAGGGGGACGCCGGGCACGUCCGGGUGCUCCUGGCGGCGCGGAGGCGGCCGCCGGCCACCCAGGCCGAGUGGGAGGCCGCCGAGGACGACCUGGACCUCAAGGCGCUGGCCUUCGGAGCCCUGGGUGGUCUGCGGCAGGGGCGCGCCGCGGAGGCCGCAGUGGAGGCGUUGCCGUGGGAUAUCGAGGCGCUCUGCGUGCGCCGCGACGGCGAGGCCAAGAGCGAGGCCUCUCGCGCGCGGCGGCUGGCGAAGUCCGUGCGGGUGUCCAGCAGCUACGGGCACGUGGCUGCGAGGCUGGGGCCGCGGGCCAGCGUCCAGAGCUCCUCCGGGACGUUCGAGGCCGGGUACAUCAACCCCAGAUGCGCCUCGUCGGCGACUCGGGUGGCGUCGCAGACGUGGAGAUCGCGGCCACGCGCGCGGGAGGCGGCAAGGGCGACUGGCGGGUGGUGUUGGCAAGGAUGA